UGGUGGCCUGGUGGGUGUUCUGAACAACUUGUGAACACGGCGACCAGAUAAAACACGUCAUGUGACCAACGAGUGAGCCUGCACUCUCCACGAGAACAUGCUCUGCACCCCGCCCCAAACGCUGCACCCGUCGCUGCGCCUGCGGCCGAGGCCAUUCCCGCGCGCGCCGCGAUGCUCCAACGACCCCGCGCCGUCGCCGUCGCCGUCGCCUUCGUCCCCCGCGGCCGCCGGCAGCAUCCGUCGCCUGGUGCUCCCACCCGAGGGCCGCGCGAAGCUGGACCCGCGCCCCGACCGUGACUUCUACGCGUUCCCGCGCCUCGUCACGCACGUGGACGACGGCUUCACCGCCACGCUCACGGACCUCUACCGGGAGCGCCUCCGCCCCGGGUGGGACGUGCUCGACCUCAUGAGCUCCUGGGUCAGCCACCUGCCGCCGGAGGUCCAGUUCCAGCGCGUCGUCGGCCACGGGCUCAACGCGCAGGAGCUCGCCAGGAACCCGCGCCUGGACUACUUCUUCGUCAAGGACCUCAACGCGGACCAGCAGUUCGAGCUCGAGAGCAGCAGCUUCGACGCCGUGCUCUGCACCGUCAGCGUGCAGUACCUGCAGUCCCCUGAAAAGGUUUUCGCGGAGAUCUUCCGGGUGCUGAAGCCGGGGGGCGUGUGCAUCGUGAGCUUCAGCAACCGGAUGUUCUACGGGAAGGCCAUCGGCGCAUGGCGGGAGGGCACCGCCUACAGCCGCGUCCAGCUCGUGACGCAGUACUUCCAGUGCGUGGAGGGGUUCACGCAGCCCGAGGUGGUCAGGAAGCAGCCCUCGCGCGGCGGGUCGUCGGCCUCGCCGCUGGACGCCGUGAUGAGGCUGUUUGCGAUGGCCAGCUCCGACCCGUUCUACGCCGUCGUCUCGUACAAGAACUUCAAGCCGAUGUAAAACCUAGAUUGAUACUUCCUCCAUUUACAAAUACUCUGUAAAUAUAGGUCGUUUUAACCUUCUUAAUUAUUCUCUAAAUAUAAA